ACCGUGUUAGACUAAUGGCUUCCAUUCACUGGGCGCUACUACUCUUUCUUGUACAACUCCCCAUACUGGCCACCUCCAGAGCUUACAAUGAUGGUAACCUCACACUGUGGUGCCAUCCAGAUCAGGCUGCAGCGCUUCUCCAACUGAAGCAAUCCUUCUCUGUUGCAGCAACCACCGCCACUCUCCUUCCGUCAUGGCAAAAUCGCACCAAUUGCUGUCUCUGGGAGGGCAUUAGCUGUGAUGCUUCUUCUGGUCUUGUGACAGUACUAGACCUCAGUGGGCAUGGCCUGAACAGUUAUGGCUUGGACCCGGCGCUCUUCAGCCUCAAAUCCCUCCGAUGUCUCAAUUUCUCCAACUCGGGCUUGGAUGGCCAGAUACCUAUUGGCAUCAGCAAACUCGUUAACCUUGUCUCCUUGGAUCUUUCAAGUCGCAGAGUUUCUGAUUAUGAUGAUCCUACCUCUGCAGCUGACUGGUUUAAUCAUCUUUGGGAGCCCAAUUUUGAGAUCCUGGUAGCGAACCUCAACAAUCUAAGAGAGCUCUACCUUGAUGGGGUGGAGAUAAUGUCUAGCAGCGGUGAAGAUUGGGGCAAAGCUCUUGCAAAAUAUGUUCCUCGUCUUCAGGUACUUAGCUUGGAGGGAUGCGGGCUGAAUGGUCCUAUUCAUCAUUCCCUCUCGAGCCUCCAUUCUCUUGUUGCGAUCAACCUUGGAUCCAAUGAUGUUGGUCCGAUUCCAGAGUUCUUCGCAGAUUUUCCCAAUCUAAGUGAGCUUCAACUUUCGUAUAUGAAUCUUCAGGGGUGGUUCCCUCAAAGAAUUUUUCAACUCAAAAAUUUAAGGGUCCUAGAUUUGUCCUCAAACCCGAAUCUCUCGGGGCAUUUGCCAAACUUUCCCCAUGCAAGUUCUCUACAUACUUUGAGGCUAGAGGGGACCAACUUCUCCUAUCGUAACCCAAGUUCUUCUGGCGAUUUCAAGAUGUUGAGGGAGUUAACUCUUGACGGGAUAUUUCUGUCGAUGGAUUUUCUCUCUUCAUUCGGUGUACUUGGAUCUUUAUGCCAGUUGAAAGUUGAUUUGAGGAACUCACAAAAUGUUUUGGGACCGAUUUUUUCAUGGAUUGGAGACUUCAGGAACUUGGCGAGCUUGGAUAUCUAUAGGUGCGACUUCUCUUGGACAACGCCUUCCUCCAUUGGCAACCUGAAGGCGUUGAGAAGCUUGAAGAUGUUUGAUUGCAACCUCCCUAGGCCCAUACUGUCUGAAAUUGGCAAUCUCAUUAAUUUGCAAAACUUGGAAAUAUCUGGUAUGUCUAACUGCAAAUUGCAUGGUUCAGUUACAUCCUCAAUAGGCAACCUCACAAAUUUAAGAAGCUUGUACAUGAAGAAUUGUGAUUAUUGUGGAGCAAUUCCAGCUGCAAUUGGCUAUCUCAGAAACUUAAGAAGAUUGGCGAUCUACCAUUGUGACUUUACUGGGGCAUUACCAUCUGCAGUUGGCAACCUCACUAAUUUGAAAAGCAUGGUUAUUGAACGUAGUCAGCUUUCUGGGCCAAUACCUUAUGCAGUUGGGCAACUCAAGGAAUUGACACAGCUAACUAUUACAGUCGGGAACAUCUCUGGGAGGAUACCAAGUUCAGUUCUCAAUUUGACUAAGCUGGUUGGACUGGAUCUCUCUUAUAAUCAUGUGACAGGUCAUAUUCCGACACCUCUUUUCGCUCUUCCAAAAUUAAGCUACUUGAAUCUUGGUUGGAACCAACUUUAUGGUCCUAUAGAAGAGUUCGACGCACUAUCUUCAUGCUUACAGUUGGUGAUUUUGAGCGGAAAUUCAUUGGCAGGACAAUUUCCCAAGUCGUUCUUUCAACUUGCAGAGUUGGUUCGUCUAGAAAUCAACUUGAACAACUUUGUAGAUUCAGUGGAUCUUUCAUCAUUUGGGAGGUUAAGAAAGCUCACUGGUUUGGAUCUUUCCCACAAUAAGUUGUCUGUUAUGAUUGACGAAGGCAAUAACUCUCUGUAUACCUCUCUGUUUGGACUGGACGAACUGGGACUAGCAUGUUGCAAUAUAACCAAAUUUCCUAGUUUUUUGACACAUCUUGACAGAAUGGUUUAUCUAGACCUUUCUUGCAACAAGAUCGCUGGAGAUAUACCAAAGUUGAUAUGGGAGAGAUGGAACAAUAGCCUUUUACAACUAAAUCUUUCACACAACAUGUUCACCAGUAUGCAACUUACUUCAUAUGUUCUUCCAUUCAGUGGGUACCUGGAAGUGUUUGAUCUUAGUUCCAAUAGGCUACGGGGACAGAUCCCUAUGCCAGACUUAUCAUCAGAAUAUUUGGAUUAUUCACACAACUUUUUCUCUUCUGUUCUUCCAAACUUCACUCUGUAUCUCAGUCACACCAACUAUCUCAGUAUGUCCAACAAUAGUAUAAAUGGAUAUAUACCAGAAACAGUUUGCCAUUCCAUGUUGGAUGUCCUUGACCUAUCAUAUAACAACUUUAGCGGGCCGAUUCCGUCCUGUUUGAUAGAAAAUGCUCAACGGAGCGUAUUAAAUUUGAGAGAGAAUCACUUUGAAGGGACGUUGCCAUCCAAUAUUACAAGCGAAUGCACUUUCCAGACAAUAGAUUUACAUGACAAUAAGAUUGAAGGACAAAUUCCGAGGGGACUUUCUAACUGCAGUUAUUUGGAGGUUCUUGAUAUUGGAAACAAUCGAAUAGUUGAUACUUUUCCAUCCUGGCUAGGGGAGCUUUCCAAUCUAUAUGUUCUUAUCUUAAGAUCCAACCAGUUCUAUGGUUCCAUAGAUGAUGUUAUUGGGAACCACCAAUCUGGAGGGUUGUUCCCUAGCUUGCAAAUUAUUGAUCUUUCCUUGAACAACUUCUCUGGCAAUUUGAAUUCAGAAUGGUUUGGUCAGUUGAAAUCAAUGAUGGGCAAGUUCAAUAGUUCUGGAGAUAUUGUCCGUGCUACAAACUUAGAAGGUAUGGCGGAAUACUACCAAGAUUCUACUGAGCUCACAUACAAGGGGUCCGACGUGACAUUUACAAGGAUCCUGACCACUUUAACAGCAAUUGACCUUUCAAAUAAUAGAUUGGAAGGUACCAUUCCUGAGUCAGUUGGACGGCUUGUUUCACUGCGCGUACUGAACAUGUCACACAAUGCAUUCACGGGAAAAAUUCCAACCCAGCUUGGCGGUGUGACUGAUCUGGAGUCACUAGACCUGUCUUGCAACCAACUCUCUGGGGAGAUUCCACAGGAACUCACAAAUCUCAACUUUCUGGCCACCCUGAACUUGUCCGACAACCGGUUGGUGGGGAAGAUACCGCAGUCAGGCCAGUUCCUCACAUUUGAUAUCAAUUCAUUCGAAGGGAAUUUGGGACUGUGUGGACCGCCAUUCUCCAACCCCUGUGGUGUAUCACUUGCUCCUCCAAGCAUGGCACGUGUGGAGAAGUCAUCUGAUGUGGAUGUCAUCCUGUUUCUCUUCGCCGGGCUGGGCUUCGGUGUUGGAUUUGCAGCUGCCAUUCUGAUGAGAUGGGGUCGAAUCGGCAAAUGGUUUGUUAAAUCUGCAAGAGCUUUGUGGACUUGAUCUGAUCUGGGAGACUGUUCCCUGGUGCAAGAAUGCUGUCCUGGAAGAGAGCUUAUUCCUCUGCAGCAGUCGUUGCUCCUGCAGUAUAUUGUAAGUAUGCUUUUUAUCUAGUGUACGUUGUGUGCUGUGCUUUCAUGUAUUAAGCCCAAGCUACACAUUAUCUCCUGUGGUGUAUGCUAUACAGUAUUUCUUGGGUUAGAUUAGAUGGCUAGAUGGCUGAACAUCUUGUAAUCUACCUCCGGUAUCUGUUUGUUGUUAUCUCUAGUUUAAGUGUGAUCAUGUAUAUGUUUAGCCUGGAGAUGAAUCUGUAACUAUUAUGUUAUAUUGUUUGAGUAUAAAUAAAUGCCACGCGGCCUGACAAGGGUUAUA